UAGGUCACAACCCGGUGAUAAUGACAUUUCAUGUUUAACUUAUUAUAAGCAAGUGGCAGUAUCGAUACUACUCUGUCCUAAGUUGCACGUCCGAACGCCAUAAUUCACAUAAUUCUCAAAAAAUGGCUAAAGAUCUUAAAAACAAAACGGUUGUUAUAACCGGUGGAGCCGUCGGCAUCGGUUUUGAAAUAGCUGACAGAUUCCUACAGAAAGGAGCAAAAGUGAUCGUUAUUCUUGAUAUUAACGAAAAACAAGGCGCAGAAGCAGUCAAGACCCUCAACUCCAAACAUGGAAAUAACAAAGCUGUAUUUAUAAAAUGUGACGUGACGUCGGAUUUAGAAGCCGUUUCUAAGAAGAUAAUAGAUCUUUACAAGCACGUUGACGUACUAGUUAAUAAUGCUGGGAUUCUGAACGACUUAGCUCCAAGGAAAACAAUUGAUAUCAACGUUACAGCGCUCAUCGAAUGGUCCUUUAAAUUUUGGAACCACAUGAGGAAAGACCAAGGCGGUAACGGAGGGACAAUAAUCAACUUGGCGUCAAUUUAUGGCUUCAGAGUGGAUCCUUAUUUACCAGCAUAUCAGGCCUCGAAAUUUGCUGUCCAAGGCUUCACAAAGUCCUUGGGAGAUUCUUACAAUUUCAAGAGAAGCGGCGUAAGAGUCGUGGCUAUAAACCCAGGCUUCACUGAAACUGCUUUGACGGAGACUCCUAACGGCUUUGACAGUGAUAAGCAGUAUCGGAGCGACUUUGCGAAGUUCCUGAAGGACCAGGCGUGGCAGAAAGUGGAGUCGGUGGGGCAGGCAGUAGUGGACGUGUUCGAGAGAGCCGAGAGCGGCACCGCUUGGCUGAUCGAGGGCGCUAGACCCAUCGUGGAAGUUUAGUAGACGGUAGUUUUUUAAAUUGUGGUUAAAUUUAUUUGGUUUUCAAAAUUUCUUGGAUAAAAAUAAAAUGUAUUGUGUGUUUGUUUUUCCGGAAUACAAAAUCCUAAUUUUUAUUUUUUUC